AUGGCUCCAAAAGCAUCCAAACAAACAGAAUUCAACAAUUCGAUUGAAAAAUCUAUUCAUUCAUAUUUUGAAACUUUAACCCCAAGAUUAAAACUUAUUGAUAUCUUUCUAGCAUUUUUAGUGAUAGUAGCACUUGUGCAAUUUGCUUUCGUUAUAUUGGUUGGUAGUUUCCCAUUCAAUGCGUUUUUAGGUGGUUUUAUCUCAACUGUUGGUCAAUUCGUCUUGACAGUUUCAUUACGUUUACAAUCUGUCCCACAAAACAAAGAAUUUUUCAAAAGAAUUUCUCCAGAACGUGCUCUUGGAGAUUACAUAUUUGCAAGUUUGAUUCUACAUUUCAUCAUUUACCAUUUCAUCAAUUAG